AGUUGACGUUAUUACACAGUAAAGGUUGUACUGAAUUAAUAAACACACAAAAAACCGGCGGACAAACAUUUAUUAAGCCUAUUAUCCUACCUGUAGAAUCCCUCGACACAUUUUGCAAUUACAAAUGAAAGGCAUGUGCCUUAUCGGCUUCCUUAGAUGAGUCGGCUAGGCUAGCUAAUGUUUAGAUGUUAGCAACCUGUUAAAGUUGGCCAGAGGAGCCAAAUAAAGCCCCAAAACACCAACGACAAAGCGAGGUUGGACAAUAUGGUUGUGAAUCUCUGUCUGCCACACUUUUAUGCGACAGUUCAUUGCAACAAGCUGUGUGCAGAUGGCUAUGAUGUCACAAACCUCGUGUCAGCCGACCCUGCUCUCCGGAGGCAGGGCUUCAAGCUGGAGUACUUCCUACGACCACCUGUACAGGUGACGCUGAAGUUUGGCUUCCAAGUGGAGCUCUACAGGGUGGAUGUGGAACUUUGGCCCUGGGGUAUGGACCGAGGAAAAGCCUGCAAGAGACUGGAGAUCAGCACCAGCUCUGAUUUGCCACACACACAGAAUUUGGACCAAAGCCACAAACGGGUUCAGCAGAAACAAAUGCAUGUAAAGGACCAGAGACAGAGCAGAGAAAAACAACAGGAACAUGGAAGUACAUCUCACCAGAAUAAUGGACACCAGUGGAGACUGCAGGCCCAGCACUGGUGUGGAGAGGCUCCAGAUGAGCCUCAACAAAGAAACGACACGUUCAAGUCAAACACUGAGUCCACUAAUCCUGAACUAGAGUUUAAACUAAUAGGCCGCUGCGAACUUAGGGAGGAAACCAAAGUCUGUUUCACACGUUCAAAUUUCAGGCCCCGGCACCCGUUCCUCUCCUCACUCCCCCCACAACCUGCAAACAGUCGCCAAGAAGAGCUGUGGAGUCGGGGUCUGCUCUCAUUAGGCGCUGUGACACAACUUCGCGUGACUUUGCCAUUUGGAGGUUCGGCAUCUGCUAUGGGGCUCAAGACUUUGGCUGUGUGGGGACAACCUGCUCGCUGCUGUCAACCAGAAGAAGUGGAGAGAAUUAAAAAAGUCCAUGAGGAGAGCCAAAGACAGUUGCCAAGAACUGCGUUCUUUACACCUUCUGUCAGCCAGAUGAAACCACUAGUGCAAGCAGCUACACCUCAAAGCAAUCUUUCCAUCCCAGAAGAGUUCCAUGAUCGGAUAACCCAGGAGGUAAUGAUGCUGCCCAUGUUGCUGCCCAGUGGCGUGUCGGUUGACCACAGCACGCUGGAGGAGCACCAGAAGAGGGAAGCCACUUGGGGUAGACCCCCAAACGACCCCUUCACCGGCGUCCCGUUUACUUCCACCUCCCAGCCUCUUCCUAACCCCCAACUGAAAAGCCGCAUUGACCACUUCCUCCUGCAGAACGGUAUGAUGAGGAGCGAGGGGAUGUUGGGGAGAAAAGGGGAGGGAGAGAAUCCACAGGCCUCAAGACUUUUAGACUCCAAGGCUGAAGGACAAUCCCGGGACUCUCAAAGUCUCAGUGACAGCUCAACAAACAACACUGCUUUCCACGAUAAUGCUUACACCAGAAACAUAAAUAGGUCUACACAAGUGGAAGACACUGGGUUAAGUCAUUCAUCAGAUAAUGGGUAUCACACCCAGACUCUUACCACAGAGGGGAAAUCUGAGAGAAGUAAGAAACGAAAUGUAGGUGGAAUUUUCAAAGAAUCAACAGAAGGUUUGACAUCUUACAAGCAACUCCUACAGCAGACAAAAAGACCAAGACAUAAUUUAGUUUCCGUUUCCAGCUCUCAUGAGCAGCGUUUGUCAGCCAGCCUGGAUGAGGCACUCUUCUCCGCCCUGCAGGGAAGACCCUCCUUCACCUCAAACCUGACUCAGCAGAAACAGGUUACACCUGAUUCUGAACCAGUGACCACAUCACAGCAGUGUCAGACUGCAGGCACCUCAAGCAUCCCACCAGGUGAGAAGACCUGCUCUGCAUGUUCCUGUUCGGUCUCUGUCUACUCCAAAUCUGCGCCCUCCAUCUACCGUCUAACCUGCAGCCACUUGCUCUGCCAUUCCUGCCUGCGGAGGGAAUCGCAACCACCAAGCUCUGUCACCAUGUUAACUGCCACUCACGUCUUGUGUCCGGCUUGCCAAAGCCCUACCCCACGUAGUGAGGUCAUACGCGUGCAUCACUAACAGAUGACGUAUAAAGGCAAAUCAACACAAUGAAGAGGAUGUUCUGAAGCCUUUUCAUCCAGGGUUGAAGUGUCGUUGAAGCCUUGGUUGUGCAGACCUUGUACAGAGCCUGGGCGUGCAGAUGUGUUGAGAAUGCACAAAGAAAAACGUUUUGGGACAAAAGUAUUGGGAGCAAGAGGCCAGAAGAAUGAACGUGAAUUCAUAUCUAGCCAAGGCUGUGUGGCCAUUAUGGAGGAUCACACCGCAUCUUGCUCAACCUUCCCCUCUUUCCUUCACUCUGUUCACCAUUUUACGUUGCCUUAGCUCUAGUACAUGAGUUCUUGUCUAAAAAGAAAAUAAAGCAGAAAAUGUUAAUUA